AAUGCGCAGUCAGUCAGUCGCGGACAAACGCUCUCAUGGCUUCUGUGUAAUGUAUACCCGCCGCUGAGAGAGAGACGCAGAACAAAAAAGAUAAGAAUUUCAGAUACGCUGGGAAAAUAGGAGGCAGUUUCCUACACACUGGAAAAUAGUCUUCUGAAAGAAAUAAAAGUUGUUCUCCACCCGUGCAUGUUCAAUCGGGGAGUACAUUAGAGCCGUGAGGCGGCUACAACUUCUGAGUCUCAAAGCAACACCAGCAAGAAGGCAUGAUUCUGCGACGGAGUUCAGUAUUUUCUGCUUUUUACCUUCAUGCCUUUUUGUUAUGCUUGCGGACGACGGUGUCUGACGCAUCGGGGCACUUCGAGCUGGAAAUCUUAUCGAUGCAGAACGCGAACGGCGAGCUGCAGAACGGCGCGUGCUGCGACGGCGCGAGGAACCCGGCGGAUCGCAAAUGCACGCGGGACGAAUGUGAUACAUAUUUUAAAGUUUGUCUAAAGGAAUAUCAAUCGCGAGUUUCCUCGGCUGGGGCUUGCAGUUUCGGAACUGGAUCUACGCCCGUUCUCGGUGGGAAUAAAUUUUCGACCAAGGGAACGCGCAGUGAAAAGUCAAGGAUUGUUUUACCCUUCAGUUUUGCGUGGCCGAGGUCCUACACGUUGAUAGUGGAGGCCUUGGACUUCAAUAAUGAGACCGCCAGUGAAAGUGGAAAGCUCAUCGAGAAAGCGUACCACUCUGGCAUGAUCAACCCAAAUCGACAAUGGCAGAGGCUCACCCAUAAUGGCCCCGUCGCCCAGUUUGAGUACCAAAUCCGGGUGACCUGCCUUGAACACUACUACGGCUUCGGGUGCAACAAGUUCUGCCGGCCACGUGACGAGUUCUUUGGACAUUAUACCUGUGAUCAGAAUGGAAACAAGACCUGUUUGGAAGGAUGGACGGGUCCUGACUGCAACACAGCGAUCUGCAGACAAGGCUGCAGCACCGAACACGGAUCAUGCAAGCAACCAGGCGGCUGCAAGUGUCUGUAUGGCUGGCAGGGUCCAUACUGUGAUAAAUGCAUCCCUCACCCGGGCUGUGUACAUGGAACCUGCGUUGAACCCUGGCAGUGUCUCUGUGACACUAACUGGGGCGGACAACUCUGUGACAAAGAUCUAAACUACUGUGGAACUCACCAGCCAUGUCUGAAUGGAGGAACGUGCAGCAACACAGGGCCUGACAAGUACCAGUGCUCUUGUGAAGACGGAUACUCGGGCGUCAACUGUGAACGAGCUGAACACGCCUGUCUAUCCAACCCAUGUGCAAAUGGAGGGACGUGCAAGGAGACCAGCCAGGGGUACGAAUGUCACUGUGCAAUCGGCUGGAGUGGCACAUCCUGUGAAAUCAAUGUGGACGACUGUACACCUAACCAGUGCAAACAUGGAGGCACAUGUCAAGAUUUGGUCAAUGGCUUUAAAUGUGCCUGCCCUCCUCACUGGACUGGCAAAACAUGUCAAAUUGAUGCCAAUGAAUGUGAGGACAAGCCAUGUGUGAACGCUAAGUCAUGCCACAAUUUGAUUGGUGCAUAUUUCUGUGAGUGUCUCCCUGGAUGGUCAGGUCAAAAUUGUGAUAUAAACAUAAAUGACUGUAAGGGUCAGUGUUUGAAUGGAGGAACUUGCAAGGAUUUGGUGAAUGGAUACCGGUGUCUAUGCCCUCCUGGUUACACUGGUGAACAGUGUGAGAAGGAUGUGGACGAGUGCGCUAGCAGCCCCUGUCUGAAUGGUGGGCGGUGUCAGGAUGAAGUUAACGGAUUUCAGUGCCUGUGUCCUGCUGGCUUUUCGGGUCAACUGUGUCAGUUGGAUAUCGAUUACUGCAAGCCCAACCCAUGUCAAAACGGCGCGCAGUGUUUCAACCUGGCCUCCGACUACUUCUGCAAAUGUCCUGACGACUACGAGGGCAAAAACUGCUCUCAUCUGAAGGACCACUGUCGAACCACAUCAUGCCAAGUGAUUGACAGCUGCACAGUCGCAGUGGCGUCCAACAGUACACCGGAAGGAGUGCGAUACAUCUCUUCAAAUGUCUGUGGGCCUCAUGGACGCUGCAGGAGCCAAGCUGGAGGCCAGUUUACAUGCGAGUGUCAAGAAGGAUUCAGAGGAACCUACUGCCACGAGAACAUUAACGAUUGUGAAAGUAACCCAUGUCGCAAUGGUGGGACCUGCAUCGACAAAGUGAACGUUUAUCAGUGCAUUUGUGCUGACGGUUGGGAAGGAGUUCACUGCGAAAUCAACAUAGAUGACUGCAGCUUGAACCCUUGCCUGAACAAGGGAGCAUGUCAAGACCUGGUGAACGAUUUCUAUUGCGAAUGUAGAAAUGGCUGGAAGGGAAAAACCUGCCACUCCCGUGAUAGCCAGUGUGACGAAGCUACAUGCAACAAUGGAGGUACAUGCCAUGAUGAAGGGGACACCUUCAAAUGCAGAUGCUCACCUGGCUGGGAGGGAGCCACAUGUAACAUAGCCAAGAACAGCAGCUGUUUGCCCAACCCGUGUGAGAACGGAGGCACCUGUGUGGUCAACGGCGACUCCUUCAACUGCGUCUGCAAGGAAGGCUGGGAAGGAUCCACCUGCACUGAGAAUACCAACGACUGCAACCCACACCCUUGUUACAACAGUGGGACAUGUGUGGAUGGUGAAAACUGGUACCGUUGCGAGUGCGCUCCAGGAUUUGCCGGACCAGACUGUCGCAUAAAUAUAAAUGAGUGUCAGUCUUCUCCCUGCGCAUUUGGCUCUACCUGUGUUGAUGAAAUCAAUGGUUACCGAUGUCUUUGUCCACCUGGAAGAAUAGGACCGGAUUGUCAGGAAGUUGUAGGGAGACCCUGCAUUGCUAAUGGACAAGUAACUGCCGAUGGUGCCAAAUGGGAAGAAGACUGCAACAUUUGUCAGUGCCAAAAUGGAAGGAUUCAUUGCACAAUGAUGUGGUGUGGACCAAAGUCAUGUCGCACAGGAAAGGCCAGAGGUGGAUGUCCUGCAAGCCAAUCUUGUGUUCCCAUCAAGGAAGAGCAGUGCUUUGUCAAGCCCUGUCCCAGUCUAGGAGAGUGUUGGCCCUCUGCACCCCCUCCACCCUCUAAAUGCCACGCCAGCUUCUCUUACCAGGACGACAGCUGUGCCAACAUCACGUUCACCUUUAACAAGGAGAACAUGCCUCAAGGCUUGAGUGUGGAACAUGUAUGUAAUGAACUGAGGCACUGGUACCUGCUGAAGAACCUCUCGACAGAAUACGCGGUGUCCAUCAGCUGUGAGCCAUCUUCUUCAGCCAGCAAUGAGAUCCACAUCAGCAUUUCCACAGAGGAGCCCAGGACAGACAGGAGUCCUAUUAAAGACAUAACGGUUCAAAUCAUUGACUUGGUGAGCAAGCAUAAUGGAAACAGCACCAUCAUUAAAGCCAUCACCGGCGUACGGGUUCAUCAGAUACCAAGCCCCAAAACUGACUACCUGGUUCCUUUGCUGAGCUCCAUCUUCAUCGUGCUCUGGAUCUUCGCUCUGGCCUCGGCUUUCCUGUGGUGCAUCCACCGGCGCCGGAAACAAAACACCCACAGCAACACUGCUACCUCAGCCACAGAGGACAAUACCACCAAUAACGUGCGUGAGCAGCUCAACCAGAUCAAAAACCCCAUCGAGAAGCACGCAGCUCACGGCGUGCCCAUAAAAGACUACGAGGGCAAGAACUCCAUCAUUGCCAAAAUUAGGACGCAUAACUCUGAGGUGGAGGAAGAGGACAUGGACAAACACCUGCAGAAAGCGCGCUUCACCAAGCAGCCGGCCUACACGCUGGUGGAGCGAGAAGAGCGCGCGCCAAACAAAAACCCAAACUGGACUAACAAACAGGACAACAGAGACUUGGAGACGGCACAGAGCUUAAACAGGAUGGAGUAUAUCGUAUAGCAGGCAGCUGUGUUGCCCCUGUUGCACUUACCGGUCACAUGGCAGGGUUGUGCUUCUGAAAACUGUUGCGUUGUGUUCUGGACUCCAAGGCUGUUAUUUGCCCUGUGUUAAUUUAAGUUUUGACAAGCUGGCUUCACACUGGCAAUCAAUAGUCGCUGUGGACGGCUGGAAAACCCAUACGCUGCGUUUCGCAUCCAGUGUUUUCCUUCGUAAAAGAGACACAAAAAGAAAAAACAGUAAAAAAAGAAAACGUACACAUUUCAAAUGUUUAUAUUUUCGUGGAUACGUUUGAGUAUCUCAGUAAGUUUGCAAAUAGUGUUAUUUUUGUUCAUAAUGACAGUGCUCUCACAGCUAAAGUAGUUGUUUCUUCCUUAUCCAGCGGCUGUGCGGAAACUCUCUCUAGUUGGUUUUAUUUCUAGUUCUGAACUGAAAGUGCCUUCACAGCUACGCACCACAGCAAUUGUCGGAAAGGAGUAUAUUAAAAAAAAAAAAUCAAAGAACAAAAAAAUUAUUUAUUAUUUUUCUUUUCUUGGGGCGGGAUAGGUCGGUUAGCAUUUCGCUGCCAAUAUGAAGAAUCGUGUCAAUUUAGUGUAGAUAUGUAUAUUUUUUUUAAUUAAUCACUGUGUAUAUUUGAUUUAUUAACUUAAUAAUCAAGAGCCUUAAAAUAUCAUUCCUUUUUAUUUAUAUGUCCUGUCUAGUUUUGAAGGUUUUGAUAGCUUUGUAAGCCUAUAACUUUGUUCAGACGACAUUUGUUUCAUGUUUCACACCAAAAUUUUCAAAAAGCAGUCGAUUUUUUAUUUUUAGAAUGAAAAGACACAACAAUAUAUAUUUUUUCUUUUUAUACAUUGUCGGAUAUUUCAAUAUUUUAAAACUUUUGUACAGUGCAUCCGGAAAGUAUUCAUAGCGCUUCACUUUUUGCACUUUUCUUGGUUACAGUUGUAUUCCAAAAUGGAUUAAAUUUGUUUGUUUCUUCAAAAUUCUACACACAAUACCCCAUAAUGACAAUGUGAAAAAAAUAUUUUUUGAAAUUGCUGCUAAAUUAAAAACCUGAAAAAUCACAUGUACAAAAGUAUUCACAGCCUUUGCCGUGAAGCUCUAAAUUGAGGUCAGGUACAUUCUGUGUCCACUGAUCAUUCUUGAGAUGUUUCAGCAGGUUAAUUGGAGUUCACCUGUGGUAAAUUCAAUUGAUUGGACAUGAUUUGAAAAGGCAUACACCUGUCUAUAUGAGAUCCCAGGGUUGACAGUGCAUGUCAAAGCACAAACCAAGCAUUAAGACAAAGGAACUGUCUGUAGACCUCCGAGACAGGAUUUUCUCAAGGCUGGGGAAGGUUACAGAAAGAUUUCUGCUGCUCUGAAAGUUCCAAUGAGCACAGUGGCCUCCAUCAUCCGUAAAUGGGAGAUGUUUGGAACCACCAGGACUAUUCCUAGAGCUGGCCGGCCAUCUAAGCUGAGUGAUCGGGGGAGAAGAGCCUUACGCCCUAUUCACACAGGGCUUCAGCAUCAACGCUUGACUGAAGGAGUAUCUGAAGUUGGGGCUGAAACGAUCGUCAUAGCAGCGUCAGACACUGAAAUUCAGUCAGCAAUAGACCAUUGUCUAGCUGGUGUAUUUGCAUACAGCGAUCUGAUUGGCUGACGUUCAAAGUGAAUGGGAAGCGUUGACGCUGACGCCUUGUGUGAAUGGGGCAUUAGUCAGGCAGGUGAUCAGUAACCCUGAUGGUCUCUCUGUCUGAGCUCCAGCAUUCUUCUGUGGAGAGCGGAGAACCUUUUAAAAGGAAAACCAUCUGUGCAGCAAUUCACCAAUCAGGCCUGUAUGGUAGAGUGGCCAAACAGAAGCCACUCCCUUCCUGGAAUUUGCCAAAAGGCAUCUGCCAAAAUAUCAGUGGAGUGGCUUCACAACAACUUGAUGAAUGUUCUUGAGUGGUCCAGCCAGAACCCAGACCUAAAUCCUAUUGAACAUCUCUGUAGAGAUCUGAAAAUGGCUGUACACUGUCACUUCCCAUCCAACCUAAUAGAGCUUGAGAGGUAAUGCAAGGAAGAAUGGGCAAAAAUUCUUAAAUACAGGUGUGCCAAGCUUGUGGCAUCAUAUUCAAAAAGAUUUGGAGGCUGAAAUUGCUGCUAAAGGUGUAUCAACAAAGUAUUGAGCUGUGAAUAGUUAUGAUUUUUCAGCAUUCUUAUUUUUAAUAAAUUUGCAACAAUUUCACAAAAUCUUUUUUUUCAUUAUGGGGUAUUGUGUGAAAUAAAUAAAUUGAAUCCCUUUUGGAAUAAGGCUGUACAUGAGAAAAUGUAGAAAAAGUGAAGCGCUGUGAAUACUUUCCGGAUGCAUUGUGUGUAUAUUGCCAACUCUUACUUGCUCAACGCAGGUAAUAUCAACAAACAUGGCUGCUUUUUGUUGGGAUAAUUAACGGCAGACACAUUGCUUGCCACGGUUGAAAAAUAAAUGAUUGAAAAGUCUCCAAUAAAAGGGAACACGAGUCUUCUAGUUGCUUGUUGGUAAACCCGAUUGACACGGAUCAUUUCUCUUCAGCUUGGGUUUGCAGUAUGUCAUAAGCUAGGCUGUGAAUACUUGAACAGUAGGGGGCCAAUGGAAACACUGUAGACUGCCUUGCUUUCAGGAGUCCAUUUCUAUUGCUGUGCACAUGUAGUGUUCUUUUCGUAAUUCUUUUAUAUCGAGGCUCUCUAAAACACCAAACCGACAUGCUUAUCACAUUUGUCAAUUCUAUGAGAUCAUGGCAAUAUUCAAUGUUCACAUUUGACCUUAUUGUAAAUUUGUUUUCAUUUUUUUUUUUUUUUUUAGUUUGUUCCUGGCAAUAUUUUUUGAAUGUUAUAUUUAUUAAACAUUUUGUAUAAAA